UGCUCGCAGUUCGUUGAAGCCAUGAAGACAACCAUGACUUCGCUCUUCUCCCUCGCCGCCGCGGCCCUCCUUCCCUGGGGCCACAAUGCCUUCGUUGUUGUGCCCGCGGCGACAUCAUUCGGGGGGCGGGGGGGGACCGUCGCCCGUCUGGACUCAAGGAUAAGAGCGAGCCCGACGGCCGAAGCUCUUCAGCAGCGCGAGGAUGCCCGGGCAGCCCUCUUGGAGUCCGGCGGUGUGGACGAACUCUUGAGGAAGAUCGCCAUUAUGAGAGGGGAAGAGAGUGAGGAGGGAGCGUCGGCUGCUCCUGCUGCGGUGGCCGCUCCUCCGGCUGCGAAGAAGCCCGAGAAGAAAGCACCGGAGCCAGUGGCGGCCGCCCCCGCCCCCGCCCCCGCUAAGGAGGAACCGGCUCCCGUAGCGGCGGCGGCGGCGGCUCCCAUUGAGAAGAAAGCGGCCCCUGCGCCGGCGGCUCCUGCUAAGGAGGAACCGGCUCCCGUAGCGGCCGCGGCGGCGGCCCCCGUUGAGAAGAAACCGGCCUCUGCGCCGUCGGCUCCUGCUCAGAAGGAACCAGCUCCCGCAGUGGCCGCGGCGGCGGCUCCCAUUGAGAAGACACCGGCUCCUGCGGCGGCGGCGGCCCCAGUUAGCGAGAGCAAGCCUGCAGCAGCAGCAGCAGCAGCAGCAGCCUCCGCCCCCGCGGCGCCCAAGGCUGCGGCGCCAACAACCCCGCAGAAGAAGAGCAGGAAGCAGCAAAAGAAGAUGAGGGGGAAGAAGGCGAAGGCCUGAAGGGUUCUAUAGCAGUGUUGAACCGGCGGAUUGCUUGCCUCAACGACUACAUUAUGUUCGGAUGUGGACACACCCUGCUGUCAUUGAACCCCUUAGGUUGGAAGUAGCGGGAACGACCACGUUUUGGAGCAGGAGUGUGGGUCGUAGCUCACGCGCGGCGUCUGUUUUCGUUGAGAGACAGGAGAUCUUCGUCUGUCUGGGAAAAACGAGGAAAGUGCGAAAUUGAAAACGAAAGGAAAUUGAGCUGGGUUGGGAGAGACCAAUCGAGAGAUAACACUGGUUAACGUGUUGUGAGUGUUUUAUUGAUGUCGUUAGAUAGGAACAUUCGUAUCUUUUGGAGUACGCAGCAGCAGCAGCAUGACAUGAAGAGUCGGGCAUCGGCAAAAUCGAGUUUGCGUGAAAGCAAGCCGCUGCGUUGGCUGAGCGCUGGGCGAUCCUUGCUGUGUUGACACUGCUUCUCUAGCACGUCCAUACGUUUAUUGUGUAUACCCUACGACCCAAAUGCCAUACCUGGGGUUUUGGUUUUAGAACUGCAUGGUUCCUCUAGUUUACCGGGUAGCCCAGGCAGAGCGGGCUGCGUAGUGAAUGUGAGUUGUUACGGGCGACAAAUACCGUUUGCCAAGAAAAUUAUUCCAUUUUCGGAGAAAAAUGGAGGAGCAGCAUCAAUGCACCUACAGAGUGCUGGGCAUUUACUUGCACCGGUGUGGGGGGGGGUAGAAAGAGGAAAUAUUUGCUCGGUGGAUGUUGGUAGUAGGAUGUUGAAAACACCGUUGUUGCAUGCGCCCCUACCGAAGUAGGAAGACGUUGAUCGGAUUUUUUUUGUCUGCUGCGCUUUGUUGUGAGCAUGCCGCGCGCGGGGGCUCCGGAGCGUGGCCCGUCGUGUUCCUGCGGGUUCCAUGGCAUGAAGCUCGAAGCGGUGCCACCUCGUUAUGCUUCGUAGCGUUCAGACUUAUUUGGAGGUGAACAUGCAGGUCGCGAAGAGGCUGCGUGGUAGUAUUUUGGUUUGUUGCUCCGGGUGGUUCGUUGUGCUCUCUACCUUUUGCAUUCGCGCACGGACAGAAAUUCUGAUGGCCGUGAAGGGGUUUUGCAGUUUUUUGUGGCGAGACGUCUUAGGAAACACAGCGAAGAUGUAGAUACGACGGGAGCGAGAUGGAAUGGGAAUCAGCUCGUGUGUAGUGGGAAGGGAGACGCCAGCUGCGUUGCAUCCACCGAUGUCUGGCCAUCAGUUUUUUUUGCCUGGACCGGUUGCCGCGUUCGAAGAAGCUGUAGAAUAAAUAGAGUUCGAAGUAGCACAUAAUCGAAUGCGAAAACAUGGCGCUGGAUUGGUGCAAGCAGGUAAGGAAAAGAGAAAAAAGUUCCCCCUGUUGGACCCCCAUGUACAACCGACUUGGCGUCGACGUGAAAGACCUCAACAGGACUCGCAU